UGGCCUGUGGAUCCUGAGGGGCCCCUACUGGCCUCCACAGGUGGCGUCUGUGACCUGCCAGGGCCCCCUUGGCAAAGGUACCAGCUCUGCCCUCCUUUGUCCCCAGGACCAGGUCCCCCCCUGGGGAGUGGUUCCUGCUGCCGAGUCAGGCCAUGGGGAGGACAGACAGGGUACACUUACCGAUUGGGGGUGGGGAGAGUCUCUCCCAAGGGCCUCUCCUAACUCCAUGGCCAGAAAGCCCUUCUUCUCUGCUGAGGGAUAGUGGGAGUGCUUCCUGAGGACCGGACCCCAGUGUGAGCACUUUUGUGAUCUGAAUGCCCUGGUGACCUGCACUGGACCCAAGAGCACUGAGGCUUGGGGAGGGAGUCACUUGCCCCUGGCUGCCCAGCUCGGGAGCAGCGGGGCUGGGACUGGACGGAGCAAGGUUUUAUUAUUAACUUCUCAAAAAGGCAGGGCCAGAUCUGAGAGCAAGUGCAGCCACCGUCCUCUGUGAACAUCUCAGGGUGGCUUCUUCUCUGAGUCCUGUCAGAGCACAGGCUAGAUAGCCAGCAGGCGUGCAAGGUUCCUGCAGAGCCGGCUCCUGAGGGACAGAGUGGUCCUCGGGCCAGCCACCUCAUUCUGUCAGUGGAAGUCCAGAACUCAGAGAUGGCGGGACACUCGCCUGGGAUCAUACAGCAAAUUAGCAGCAGAGCCUGACCACCUGCCUCCCAUCCACCCUCUCCUUCUCAGUCACAGGGCAGGAAGGGACCUAAAAGUCAGCCAUGGCGAGGGCCACCCUGCAGGGUGAGAGUGGCAUGCUUGGGGUCAGAGAGCAAAGCCAGCCCUUCCUGCCAAUGGGGGCAUCUCUCAGGGUUUCAGGGAAGCCCUUAACCUUGUUCCAGAAGAGCUUGUUCCCAUCUUCAUCCUGAUCCCCUUAGUGUGGGAAAGGAGGCUGGGCUAAAGCAGAGGAUUUUCAUUCAUUCAUUCAUCCAUCCUUCCAUCCAUUCAUUCAUUCCUUAGUUUAUUCAUACAUUCACUCUAAAAGUGUUUAUUGAGCCUCAGCUGCAAGCUAAGUACUGUGAGAGGGCUGGAGCGUCUCAGGUCUCUGAGACCGCAGGCUUCUUUCCUCACUUCACCUGGGUCAUUACCAUUCAGAAAGAGUGGCCCUCUCUCCUCCAGAUCUCUGGUGAUUUGACUUCUUGUGCCAAAACCUGGUUGCAGCCUUGUUUUCUUGGAUGAGAAUCGCCACGGGACAGAGUUGGCCAGGCCGACUGCCUGCACGCUCAGCCGUCCACUCGGCUGCAGUGCCUGCCUCGUCCAGUCCCAGCUGAGCAGCUGUCAGCCUGGAGCACCCGUGCUGGCCUCCCGGGGAUCGGCCAGGGCAGCCGGGCGGCUUGUGCAUCCGCUUCAUUAAUAAUGAAUCGCCAGAUGCCUCCCACACCUCCCGCGCCUCUCGCCAGUCACCUCAUUGACUUGGUGGGAGUCUCAACAGCCACGGUGAGCAGACCCAGGCUCCCUCUGAGAGACCUGGGGAAGCCUGGAGAAGCAGCUGCUUCCCGAACCCCCUGGCUGCCACACUGAUGGGAGACACCCUCCCUCCCCCUCCUGCUGUCAGAGGACGGCAGUGUCGCUCAUUGGUCGCGAGUUACUGGCAGCCCAGCCCUGCUGGACACAGCUGGGCUGGGGGUUCAGGCGGGCAGAGCCAGACCAGGUGGGGCAGAGGACGGACCCGCAGAGAAGGGAGAGAAAAUGGCAUUCCCCCCCACCCCUGGGUUUCUGAGUUCUAUCUGAUCAGAUCUUCUCUAGCACAUUUCUGGAAAUUUGACUCUCUUCUGUCUGAGACCACAUGGGCUUUUUCUACAUCAUUGCCUUUGGAAAUCUUCACUUCUGGCAGCUCCUUCAGCUUCUGGGAUAAAGUCUUGUCCCAGGCGGAGAGGGGCUUCCAGGGGCAGAUGACCUUGGAGCCCAGAAAGAGAGGGGACGUGGUCAGGAGCUGAUCGCCGGCGACAUGCAGGUGUCCUUCGUAUGCUCGGAGCACGGCCUCAAGGGCCGGGGCCCUGAGGAGCGGCUGGGCCGGCCAGCGGCCAGCAGCCCCAGCCUGGGCACCCGAGGCCGCUUCCGUGCGGUGGCCAUGGUGGCCCGGAGCCUGGGACAGCUGUCGGUGCAGAGCCUCCCGAGCGCAGGCGACGCCAGCGUGAAGCAGCCCGGGAUGAAGUAUAGGAACCUGGGCAAGUCGGGCCUGCGGGUCUCCUGCCUGGGGCUCGGAACAUGGGUGACCUUCGGAGGCCAGAUCACCGACGAGAUGGCAGAGCAGCUAAUGACCUUGGCCUACGACAAUGGCAUCAACCUCUUCGAUACCGCAGAAGUCUACGCGGCGGGCAAAGCUGAAGUGGUGUUGGGAAACAUCAUCAAGAAGAAGGGAUGGAGACGAUCCAGCCUCGUCAUCACCACCAAGAUCUUCUGGGGAGGAAAAGCUGAGACGGAGAGGGGCCUUUCCAGGAAGCACAUAAUAGAAGGUCUGAAAGCUUCCCUGGAGCGGCUACAGUUGGAAUAUGUGGAUGUGGUAUUUGCCAACCGCCCAGACCCCAACACGCCCAUGGAAGAGACAGUGCGCGCCAUGACUCACGUCAUUAACCAGGGGAUGGCCAUGUACUGGGGCACAUCGCGCUGGAGCUCCAUGGAGAUCAUGGAGGCCUACUCCGUGGCCCGGCAGUUCAACCUGAUCCCGCCCAUCUGCGAGCAGGCGGAGUACCACAUGUUCCAGCGGGAGAAGGUAGAGGUGCAGCUGCCGGAGCUCUUCCACAAGAUAGGAGUGGGCGCCAUGACCUGGUCCCCUCUGGCCUGCGGCAUCGUUUCCGGAAAGUACGACAGUGGCAUCCCGCCCUACUCUAGAGCCUCUUUGAAGGGCUACCAGUGGCUGAAGGACAAGAUCCUGAGUGAGGAGGGCCGGCGCCAGCAGGCCAAGCUGAAGGAACUGCAGGCCAUCGCCGAGCGCCUGGGCUGCACCCUCCCCCAGCUGGCCAUCGCCUGGUGCCUGAGGAAUGAGGGGGUCAGCUCCGUGCUCCUGGGUGCUUCCAGCGCAGACCAGCUGAUGGAGAACAUUGGAGCAAUACAGGUCCUUCCAAAACUGUCGUCUUCCAUCAUCCACGAGAUUGAUAGUAUUUUGGGCAAUAAACCCUACAGCAAAAAGGACUAUAGAUCCUAAGAAGCCCCCAACCAUUUGCCUGGACAGUUUCAUCUCCCUCCUAGCCUCUCUGUUUGCUCGCUUAAGCUAUUUUGAAGCCAAGAGUGUGGUUUGCAUCAAAAACAAAACAACGCACCAACAUGUCAUCAGGAGAAGAUCUCAAAAGUCGCUGCCACACAGCACCCGCUGCUUCACGGGACUAACGUCAGAUUCAUGCCGGAGGGUCGGCAUCAAUUCAAAGGCGUUUGAGCCGUCCCGCCCAAGCCUGCCGCCUCUGCUCAUCUUCCACCAAGAAACGACAUUUCUCCUAGCCACGCCCCAUCUCAGAGACUCAAGUCCAGGCCAGGCCGAGACCCGUUGGGGCCUGGGAGCUGGCAGAGCUGGCCUCUCCUCUGCCGAGAAUCCCACCUGGUACUGGGGAGGGGAAGAGGAAGCCAGGUCUGGCUCUUCCUGUGGCCCCUCGGCUGGGCCCUGGUUGGGGUGGCCUCCCACCAGGGUCUCCCUCAUCCCCCCUCUUGCCAAGGGCUCCAGGUACUGUCAUUGGGCCUGACAUCAGAUUCUCCCACACCCGCUUCUCCACACCACCUGCCCUGCUGGGUCUCCAAGGGGCCUUCAGAGCUGUCCUUUGAUGCCCACCCCCACUCUUGCUGGCAGAGGCAAGGAUCCAAGGGGGUUCGAUUGCUCCAGGGGGGACCCACAGGAAGUCAGGGGUCUGACUUCAAGCUCGUCGCCCCACUGGCUUCCUCAUCCUCACAAUUGAUGAGCCCCAGUGCCCAGACUCCAGCCCAGGUCCCUCCCCACCUGGUGCCCAGUCCAUUGCCCCUCUGUCCUUGCCCUGGAAGGCCCCAAGAUCAUGUGUGCUUCGCUGGACUGUGGCUGCUGACCACACAUGGUGUGGCCAGCCUCUGCUCUGCCCGGGGUGGUGGCCUUGGGGUCUGCAGAGAGGACAUUCUGGGACCCUUCAGUGAGGGAAGGUCCCUGGGGUUUUCUGUGCUUCAUGCCCAGGGCCUGGGCAGCAACCACCCACAGUCCAGCAGAAGACCCUCGUAGCCUCUCCCUGGAGCAGCAUCCCCAGCAAGGGCUCAGACCAGGUCAGGUGGGGUGCUCAGAGCUUGUUGCCAGGGCAGCUAAGCAGCAGUUCUACCCCCAGGACACCCUUACAUGGCCUCUGAAGAGGGAGGGAUGGCUGGGUUGAUCAUUCCUUUCCACACCCCACACCCCAGCCUGGAAUAGGCUGGGCACAAGGACAGAGGACAGGACCUUCAGAAGUGUCAGCCCCUCUACAGCCAGGCCUGGGGCUGCAGGGAAGGAGGAGGAGGGGGGCCCUCAGCCAGGAGGCCCAGCCCCCAUGGUCCUGAGUGGCACCCCAGCUUUUGCUGGCUGUGCAGGGGACCCGAGCCAGGCUCUGUGAAUGCACUGGCCUUCUGUGUAUGGGCCUGGGUGACUCCUACCCUGGGCACUCCCUACAUUCUCACUCACCCCUGGGCAGACAUGGACCUCCCUGCCAUUAUUCCCAAAGGCCUGCCGUCCAGUCCUGACAGAGCUGAGGCCUAGGAAACUGACUUUAGGAAAGCCACAAGGUGGGGGGAGAACAACUUCCUCCACUCCAGACCUUUGUGCUGACCCUGGAGUCUAGAACCUUCUCCCUCCUUGUAGACUAGGCCCCUGGGGGUCUUCUUCACCAAGUCUCCUGCAAGUUUCACCCUAAUGAGCGUGAGGAGGGAACAAGCCUGUCCCAGCAGAGUUGCCACCAUCACAUGGGUGGGGGGCCUAGCUCCGAGGACAAGAUGCUAUAGUCCACCAGGCAGAGCCCAAGUUUCCCAACAGCUUGCCACGCUCAGGAGCCAGGUCACCUGCCCCUCCCUGGAGAGUCUGGCUGGACCCCCUCCACAGCGCUACCACCCUGCCCACCCACCAAUGGAAGAGGGACCUGGGCUUGCUGUUGGGCCCAUGUUUGGGCCUGCCGCCCCCACCCCACAAGCUUUACAUCUGGGAAGGACAAGCCCAGUGGGAGACGUGGGCUCUCAGGGCCAAGCUCUUCCAAGGCCAAGAUGCCCAGCACCAAGUCCCAAGCCUGUUCCAGACCCUGGGGUGCUGUCUGCAGCCUAGUUCUGCAUUGCACCCCCUGCAAGUGGGUGUGGAAGGAUGGGGCUCCGCUUGCUGAGGAGCAGUCCCCAGACUUAGUGGGAGGUGGCUGGAGUGGGGAAGGGAUGCAGUGGGGCUCAAGAGCAGGGAGAGCCUGGAGAUGAAGAGCUUGGCCAAGGCAGGCCCUGGAGGGGAAGCCUGGGCUUCGGCAUGGGUUUGAGGCCAGCCAUCCUCACCCUACCCUGUUGAGGAGAAGCCCCCCUGCGGUCCCCAGCCAUCUGCCAGCCAGCCUCUCACCCUCCCCUGGAAGCAAAGUUUGCCCCAGGGGUCCACCUUGGGAGUUCCCCCCCAGGGCAGAAGGCCCAGUCUGCGUGGGAGCGGGACCAGUCUUCCUUGCUAAGGACACAUGCAGCCCCUACCAUUUUUCAUCCCAAAUCUACAGCAAGUCUGAGGUCCCAAGAAUAACAGAGGGGUCUGCCCUGUCUCCUGUUCUCUCUGGCUGUGUAAAUAAUGUGCUGUUUCUCUCCCCCCCCUUUUUUUUUAAUAACUGUGGCUCCUCAGCUAACUGCAUCACCCCACCCGCCCCAACAGGCAGAAACACCGUAUGCCUCGCGCUUCCAAUGACACUCAGUGGAGACACAGCGCCGUAUUUAUGGAAUGACAAAAUAAAACCCGAGCCCAUCAGGGUCUGCUCCUC